AUAUAAGUUGGCAGCAUUGAUCGUCGAUUAAGUCAAAUGACAGCACAUACUAUCCUGUUUUUCUAUAAGUUGAAAUUGCAUAUCCACUACGAUAAGGUCUACCCACUAUGUCCAAUUUUCACAGGGUCGAGGUGAACAGAACCGUUUGGGAAGUGCCUGACAGGUACCAACAGCUGAACGCGGUUGGAUCUGGGGCCUACGGCCAAGUAUGUUCAGCCUUAGAUACAAGCACAAAUACAAAGGUAGCUAUCAAGAAGUUAGCCCGUCCAUUUCAAUCAGCUGUUCAUGCCAAACGUACCUACCGUGAAUUAAAAUUGCUCAAACACAUGAAACAUGAAAAUGUUAUAGGUUUGUUAGAUGUUUUCUAUCCACAUAAUGACACUAGUCAGAUUUACCUUGUCACUCAUUUGAUGGGAGCAGAUUUAAACAAUAUAAUUCGUACACAACGACUCUCAGAUGAGCAUGUCCAGUUUUUGGUAUAUCAAAUUUUGAGAGGGCUUAAAUACAUUCAUUCCGCGGGCGUUAUCCAUCGGGAUUUAAAGCCGUCAAAUAUCGCUGUUAAUGAGGAUUGCGAAUUAAAGAUCCUCGAUUUUGGCCUUGCCCGACCUACGGAGACUGAAAUGACGGGUUACGUCGCCACGCGGUGGUACCGCGCACCCGAAAUCAUGCUCAAUUGGAUGCACUAUAAUCAGACCGUUGAUAUUUGGUCUGUUGGAUGUAUUAUGGCAGAGUUACUUACUGGUAGAACUUUAUUUCCUGGCACAGAUCACAUACAUCAACUUAAUUUGAUUAUGGAAAUUUUGGGAACACCGACUGAUGAGUUUAUGAAAAAAAUUACUUCACAAAGUGCUAGAAGUUACAUCGAAUCAUUACCACCAGUACACAAAAAAGAUUUAAAGCAAGUUUUUACCGGCGCUAAUCAUUUAGCAAUAGACCUACUCAGGUUGAUGUUGGAGCUGGAUAGUGAUGUUCGUAUAACAGCUGAGCAAGCUUUAGCUCAUCCAUAUUUAGCACAAUAUGCGGAUCCGACUGAUGAACCUACUUCCCAACCUUACGAUCAUAGUAUUGAAGAUAUGGAGCUCCCUGUAGAACGGUGGAGAGACUUGGUUUUGGAAGAAGUGAGAUCAUUUGUCCCUCCACGACCUGAAGAGGUUAUACCAUAAACAGCAAGAAAAAGAAAUAAAUAAAACAACGCCUUUAUAGAUACUAUAUUAUAUUAUAUUAUACAUAUAUAUAUUUACAUUAUAUAUAUAAGUGAAAAAAAGGUGUAGUAAUAAUGACAUUGUAAAAAUGCUUACGCUACUAAUUACUUUGAAAUAAACGAGUAAAAAUUCGA